AUGCUCUUCGGCGCCGCCGGCCAAUCCUUCUCCAUGGUGAUCCUCGCAGCAAUGAACUCGAUCGGCGGCAAAAACCCUGGGAUCGUCAGCGCCUUGUUCCUCUUCCUCUUCAACACCUUCUUCGCUAUCGGCUGGCUGGGCAUGACGUGGUUGUACCCGGCGGAGAUCGUGCCGCUGCGGAUCAGGGCACCUGCUAAUGCGCUGAGUACGAGCGCGAAUUGGGCAUUCAAUUUCAUGGUCGUGAUGAUCACGCCCGUCAGUUUCGCGAGUAUCACUUACAAAACCUACAUUAUCUUUGCUGUAAUCAACGCAGCCAUAGUCCCCACAGUCUACUUCUUCUACCCCGAAACAGCGUACCGCUCGCUGGAGGAAAUGGACUCCAUAUUCCUGAAAUGCAACUCGAUCUUCACGGUGGUGAAGAUCGCGAAGGAGGAGCCAAGACGGUAUGGCAAGAAUGGGGAACUAUUGAUUAGUUAUGAAGAUACGGAUAUGGCGGAACGGAGGGGGAGUGUGCUUAGUGCUGGUGGGGGAGGAGGGAGGAGGAGGAGUAGUGCUGUGGUUGGGGAGAAGGGCGGGGUCGUUGAGAAGGAGGUGUAG